CUCCUCCUCCCUCCUUCCCGGCGCCCUCCGCGGCGGCCGCCAUUGAGGCCGGUAAUGGCGGUCGCUUGGCAACGGCUGCUCGGAGCGGCCUGGGGGGUCCCGGCCGCCGCCUUUUGCCGCAGCCUGCGGACCGGCCCCCGGAGCCUGCAGGACGCUGCGAAGGCCAAGGCGGGGAAGGAGGAGGUGGAGGCGGAGAGGCAGAGUGCGACCGACCUGAGCCCUUUAAUCCUUCAGAGGAACUCCAUGAGAUGGGAUGGAAAGACCUAUGAAGAGAUCCCAAUAGCUCACAUCAAAGCUACAUACAACAACACCCACGUGCAGGUGGUCAGCUUUGACAACAGUACGUACGCCCAUACGUCCUGCGGCACGGAAGGCUUCCAGAAUGCCAAGAAGGGAACUGCCAUCGCGGCACAGACAGCGGCCAUGGCGGCAGCAGUGGCUGCCAUCAAGGGUUUAACCAUGGGAGGUCUGGAGGUCAUCUCCAUCACUGACAACACGCCGGUGCCACACAACGGCUGCCGCCCGCGGAAAGCCAGGAGAAUGUGAGGAAGGGGGAGCAGGAGAGACACAGCUUUCAACAGCAGUUCAUGCAACAGGGAUGGCAUUGGAUGUUGCUCCAGUGACAGACUCUUGAAAGCCCACCCUCCCUGGAAAUACCUGCUGCAGGAAGCCUGGAGGAGAGAGACCAUCUUAGGCUGUAAAAGUAUGGGUGGCGGUGGUGGUGAAAGCAGGAAUACGUGGACUCCUGUAGUGGAAAGCCUCCUAUGUACAAAGCGUGCUCAUUAAAAUGUUGGUCUCUUGACAGA